AUGAACGUUAACGAAGACCACAAUUGGAAAUUCGCUCAAUGUUUUGGUGAUAAAGGCGAAUCAGACGACAUUACAGAAGCCGAUAUCAUCACAGCAGUAGAGUUUGACCACACAGGUGAUUUCUUAGUAACGGGUGACCGAGUAAGUGGUCGGGUUGUCUUGUUUGAACGAAACGAUAGUAAAAAAGGAUGUGAAUACAAGUUUCAUACCGAAUUCCAAUCUCAUGAAGCUGAAUUCGACUACCUCAAAAGUUUGGAAAUUGAAGAAAAGAUUAACAAAAUCAAAUGGUGCAAACGUCAAAAUUCUGCUCACUUCUUACUGUCAACCAAUGAUAAAACGAUCAAGCUCUGGAAAGUGUUCGAAAAAUCUCUCAAGGUGGUAGCUGAAAACAAUUUGAAUGAUGGACCUCAACCUGUUGCAAAUGCCUUACGUAUACCAAAGUUGGCUCAUCAAGAUACAAUUAUCGCCGCCGCUCCUAGAAAAGUUUAUGCCAAUGCUCAUGCCUAUCAUAUCAAUUCGAUUUCCAUCAACUCUGACAGCGAAACCUAUAUUUCAGCAGAUGACUUACGAAUCAAUUUGUGGAAUUUGAAUAUCUCUGAUCAAUCUUUCAAUAUUGUGGAUAUCAAGCCUGCGAAUAUGGAAGAACUUACAGAAGUCAUCACAGCAGCCGAAUUCCAUCCUUAUCAUUGCAACAUGUUUAUGUAUAGUUCUAGCAAAGGAACCAUCAAGUUAAGUGAUAUGCGUGAAUCCGCUUUAUGUGAUCAACAUGCGAAAGUGUUUGAAGAAGCUGAAGAUCCUGCUAGUCGAUCCUUCUUUUCCGAGAUUAUCUCUUCUGUCUCUGAUAUUAGCUUUAGUCAUGAUGGUCGAUAUAUCUUGUCUAGAGAUUAUUUAACUUUGAAAAUCUGGGAUAUCAACAUGGACAAUAAGCCUGUGCAAACCAUCAACAUCCAUGACCAACUACGAUCCAAAUUAUGUGAUCUUUAUGAAAAUGAUUGUAUCUUUGACAAAUUUGAAUGUACUUUUAGUGGUGAUGAUAGUCAUGUGAUCACUGGAUCCUACAACAAUACAUUCCAUCUCUAUGAUCGUGAAGGCAAAUCUGAUAUUACUCUUCAAGCUGAUAAAAGUGCAUUCAAGGCGAAACGUUUAGGUUCAUCUAAAAACAAGAUGGCGAUGACUAGAGGUCCUGGUAAAGGUGGUAUAGUUGGUUCUGAUCCUACUGAUUUUAAUAAGAAGAUCCUUCAUUCCUCGUGGCAUCCUCAAGAAAAUACAAUUGCUGUCGCUGCAACAAACAAUCUCUUUAUCUUUACGUAUGUAUAUAAAUACAUAACAUUAUAA